UUCCUCUAAAAAGUUGGCAGCACUGAUCAGGAACAUAGUUCGUUCCAAAUUAGAAAUGUUGAAAAGAUUGUAGAGGCGUGCGCCGUGCGUUUGCCAAUAAAAAUUAUUAAAAUUGCGCAUCCGUUUCGCCAUCAGCUGUGGACAAAGGCAAGCAGCAGCAUUAACACCAGCAGCUGCACUAAACACACACACACACAAAGUAAAGAAAACUGAAACACCAUCAAUCCAGCCAACCAACAACGACAACAACUUAAGCAACAACAACUACAACACCUGCUGCAAAAUGGAGGCGGAGGGUCUGACAAAUGAGCAAACGGACAAAGUGCUGCAAUUUCAGGAUUUGACGGGCAUUGAGGACAUGAACAUUUGUCGCGAUGUGCUCAUACGCCAUCAAUGGGAUCUCGAGGUGGCCUUCCAGGAGCAGAUGAAUAUACGCGAGGGUCGGCCCACCAUGCUUACAGCGUCGUCGGAUGUCCGCGCACCGACUGUUAUCAAUGACCAUUUCCUGCAACAGAUCUUCUCGGCAAAUAUGCCAGGCAGCCGGACGGUUAGCCGCGUGCCCAGUAUUGGCCCGAUGCCGCGAAGUUUUACGGGCAUUGUCGGCUAUGUGAUUAACUUUGUGUUCCAAUACUUUUACUCGACACUUUCGGGUAUUGUUCGUGCAUUAAUCAACAUUGGUGGUGGCAAUGAGCCGCGUAUUGUUACGGAUCCCCUGGCUGAUGUGAUGAAGUUCAUUCGCGAGUACCAUGAGCGUUACCCGGAGCAUCCUGUAUUUUAUCAGGGCACCUAUGCCCAAGCACUGAAUGAUGCCAAGCAAGAGCUGCGCUUCUUGCUCGUCUAUCUGCACCAGGAUCCCAGCAAGAAUCCAGAUGUGGAGUCAUUUUGCCGCGAGACGCUAUCCUCACGUUCAGUCAUCGAUUAUAUUAACACGCAUACACUGCUAUGGGGCUGUGAUGUGUCCACACCAGAAGGUUAUCGUGUCAUGCAAUCUCUUACAGUGAGAGGCUACCCCUUAAUGGUGGUAAUUAUGCUCCGAGCCAAUCGGAUGGUAAUUGUGGGACGCUUGGAAGGCGAUUGCACGUCAGAGGAAUUGCUCCGUCGGCUACAAUCAGUGAUAGCUUUUAAUGAGGUGUGGCUAAGCCAGGCACGCACUGAUCGUCUCCAAAGGAACUUUACACAGACGUUGCGGCGCCAGCAGGAUGAGGCUUAUGAGCAGAGUCUACUGGCGGAUGAGGAGAAGGAGCGUCAGCGUGAGAGAGAACGUGCUGCCGCACGUCAGGUACUAGAGGCAGAGGAGCGGGCUCGUCGCGAUGUCGAGCUGCGUAAAGAGGAGAUUGCCAGACAAAAGAUUGAGCUGGCCAGUUUAGUGCCCUCUGAACCGCCAGCCGAUGCAGCUGAUGCUAUCGCCGUUGUAUUUAAACUGCCUAACGGCGUUCGUCUGGAGCGACGUUUCCAGCAAGCAAAUUCCAUUUUGGAUGUAUACCAUUUCCUUUUCUGCCAUCCCGAAUCGCCGGAUGAAUUUGAAAUAACAACGAAUUUUCCGAAGCGUGUACUCUAUUCCAAGACGGCCGUGGAUGCCGCUGAGGGCUCUGCAAAUGAAAUCGUCAACAAGACACUUAAGGAUGUGGGUCUGAAGAAUCGCGAGGUGCUCUUUGUGCACGAUUUGGAAGCGUAACCAAGCAUUACCACCAAAAAAAAAAAAAAAACAGAAGAAAAACACUUAAAACAUAACUAAAAUCAUUGUGUUAACAACAAAAACGCAUUACUAAAAGUAACUUGAUCCAAGUCUUAAGUAGUCGCAGUUCUCAUAUACUAACUAAAGUGCAAGUUGCAGGACAAACACAAUAGAAAUAUUCCUAAUUUAAUCAUGAAUAUAUAAACAUAAUUGUUUAACAAUAUUUAGGUUGACUUUCGGCUUAAGGCCCUUAAAUCACCAAUCCAUACUCUUUUUCGCCUUUCCAACAUAAUUUAAAUUUUAGUUAUUUUUCGUUUUCUUACAAUCAGUGUUGCAUUAGCUGUACUUACACGUUUGAAUAAUUUAACAAAGUAAUUAGACAUGAAGACAGUUGUAAUAACAAAUUAUAAAUACAGAUUAAACAACUCUUGCAAAUAGUG